AUGACCGUUAGUUAGCGUUUGGAAGAAAAAAGAAGCAACCCAACCAACCAUUGAGAAGACACCAUGCCAUUCACCUUUCUUCUCAAAUGACUCUUUGAUCCCUUGACUUCACAAAUUCCAAUUUUACAUGCUUUCAGUGGAUGAAGUUGCAGCCAUGCAUUCUUCAACCGCAUCAAUCUCUUCCAAUUACCCUCUCAUUUCUGCUUUCGUUGCUUUUGCCCUUGCCCAAUCCAUCAAGUUCUUCACCACCUGGUUUAAGGAAAGAAGAUGGGAUCUUAAGCAAUUAGUUGGGUCUGGUGGAAUGCCAUCAUCUCAUUCAGCUACUGUCACUGCUCUUGCAUCUGCCAUUGGGUUGCAAGAAGGCUUUGAAGGAUCACUUUUUGCUAUUUCCUUCGUUUUCGCUUGUACUGUGAUGUAUGAUGCUACUGGUGUGAGAUUGCAAGCAGGACGCCAAGCAGAGGUUUUAAACCAAAUUGUGUAUGAACUUCCUGCUGAGCAUCCUCUAGCUGAAAGGAGACCACUUCAUGAACUUCUUGGGCACACACCCCCUCAGGUAAUUGUGGGUGGAAUACUUGGACUCUUAACGGCAGUUGGCCUUCUAAGACCCCUCGCAACAAAUUGAGGCCUUUCUUUCACUUCAGUUUCUGCUCUCAAAUUCUUCUCUCAAAAAAUAACUUUGCAUUUCAAGAACUUAACAUUUUUCUGUUCUCAUGUCAAGAACAGAGAUAAAAAAAGGUUUAAUCAUUCACUAAGUCCCUAUUUUCGCAUGGAAUCUCAAUUUCGUCCCUUUCUUUCUGAAAAUCUCAAUUGGGUCCCAAUUUUAUGAAAAUUGCAACAAAUCGAUCCUUUCCGUUAAUUUGGCUGGACGGCGUUAAAAAAAUUGAUGAGUGAAUUCUGAGAUGACGAACGAGCGCUCGUCCAGCAGCGAACGAGCGCUCGUCCAGCAGCGAACGAGCGCUCGUCCAGCAGCGAACGAACGCUCGUCCAGCAGCGAACGAGCGCUCGACCACCGAACGAACGGUCGUCCAGUGUGGAACGAACGGUUGUCCAGCAGUAAGAGGUCGACGAGUGUCCGUUCUCUGGUGGACAACCGUUCGUUCCACACUGGACGACCGUUCGUUCGGUGGUCGAGCGCUCGUUCGCUGCUGGACGAGCGCUCGUUCGCUGCUGGACGAGCGCUCGUUCGUCAUCUCAGAAUUCACUCAUCAAUUUUUUUAACGUCGUUUGACACUAUUUAACGGAAAGGAUCGAUUUGUUGCAAUUUUCAUAAAAUUGGGACCCAAUUGAGAUUUUCAGAAAGAAAGGGACAAAACUGAGAUUCCAUGCGAAAAUAGGGACUUAGUGAAUGAUUAAACCAUAAAAAAAUUGAAUACAAUAGACUGUUAAAAUCUACUACUGUUUGUGGGUGUUAGGCAUUUUGACUUUUCUUUGGCUUUUCUUUCCCUCUUCUUCCUCUUCGUCUCCUUCAUCAAUAUCAUGAAAGUUGUUAUGGUAUCAGAGCGGAUAAAUCCCGCUUUAUUUC